AUGAUUUUCACAAGGUUAGGAAAAUUCAUUUCAGUCAAAUGGCUCAAGGGGCUCACGAGCACCACGGUCACCACCAGUUCCUUCACGUGCACCACGUCCAUCAGAGUUGUCGCCGACACCAGGAAGAAAGCAAUAGCCAGUGGAAGUGGAACUCAUUACUAUGCACAAAAUCAACGCCCUGUUCAUGAUACAGGCCAUGCAGAUAGUGGAUAUUAUCAACCUACCACUCAAGCUAGUGGAAGCAGAUACCCAGAUAAUCCCACUAGUUAUGAUCAAGGUAGUACAAGCGGCUAUGGAGCUGACUAUUGUGGACAAUCAAAUUAUCAACCCAGUGGCAGUGGAAAUAAUCCCUAUAAAAGAGAUCAGCCUUCCGUCUACGAUACAAGCGGUACAAGUGGCUAUCAAGCUAGCGGGUAUGAUCAAUAUCCAUCUCAAUCCGGUCGAAGCGUAGAUCCCGGCUAUGCAGCUGGUGGUCAACAAUAUGACCACGAAAACGAGAGGACGGAUGAAUCCUACGGUGGUGUUAACACAAGCGAGCAAAACAUAAUUACUGCCGAGCCACAAAAUCAAGAGAGAACACCAGCUCCUCGUGACAGUACUGCCUCUGGUAGCCGCCCUUCGAGAAAAGGAAAGGAGCGUAGCCGUCGCUAG